CGCCUGAUCCCCCCUCUCUCCCUCGUGCGCGGCCCCGCUCCUCCGCGUGCCUGGUGCCGGGUUCCCGAGGCCGCGCCCGGCGGUGUCUCCAUCAGUCCCCGCUCCCGGGAGCUGUGCGCCACUCACCGCGGACAGAGAGACGGGUACACCGGACACCUUCCGACCCCCGGACAUGCAGCCGCCCCCGCCCAGGCUGAGGAGCAGCAGGAGGAGGAGAUGAGGCUCCGCAAUGGCACUUUCCUGACGCUGCUCGCCUUCUGCCUCUGCAUCUUCCUCUCCCUGUCCUGGUACACGGCGUUCUCCGGGCAGAAAGGAGAUGUGGUAGAUGUCUAUCAGAGGGAGUUCCUGGCCCUCCGCGAUCGCCUGCAUGCUGCAGAACAGGAGAACCUGAAACGCUCCAAGGAACUGAACCUGGUUCUGGAUGAAAUCAAAAGGGCCAUCUCUGAAAAGCAAGCCUUACGGGACAUCAACCGCACGUGGAGCAGCUUAUCUGAUGAAACCAAGCUGAAACUUUGGAAUAUCACCAACAAGAAUGUGUUACACUUACCCACCAUCUUCCACCACCUUCCCCACCUGUUAUCCAAGGAGAACAGCUUGCAGCCGGCAGUACAUGUGGGUCAGGGGAGAACCGGAGUAUCGAUAGUGAUGGGGAUCCCCAGCGUGAAGAGAGAGGUUCAUUCCUAUCUGACAGACACGCUCAACUCAUUGAUAUCAGAACUGAACCAGCAGGAGAAGGAAGACUGUGUGAUUGUGGUGCUGAUUGCAGAGACUGAUGCUCAGUAUGCGACGUCCGUAGCAGAAAAUAUAAAAAGCCUGUUCCCAAAUGAAAUCCAAUCAGGCCUUUUAGAAGUUAUAUCCCCAUCUCCCAAUUUUUAUCCCGAUUUUUCCCGGCUUCGAGAAUCUUUUGGUGAUCCCAGAGAGCGUGUCAGGUGGAGGACAAAACAAAAUCUGGAUUAUUGCUUCUUAAUGAUGUACGCCCAAUCAAAGGGCACAUACUACGUGCAGCUGGAGGAUGAUAUUGUGGCCAAACCCAACUAUCUAAGUACCAUGAAGAACUUUGCCCUCCAGCAACCCUCGGAGGAAUGGAUGAUUCUGGAGUUCUCGCAGCUCGGUUUUAUUGGGAAGCUAUUCAAAUCUCUGGACCUCAGUCUGAUUGUGGAAUUUAUCCUCAUGUUUUACAAAGACAAGCCCAUUGACUGGCUGUUGGACCACAUCCUGUGGGUGAAAGUGUGCAAUCCGGAAAAAGAUGCCAAACACUGUGAUCGACAAAAGGCAAACCUGAGGAUCCGAUUCAAACCUUCUCUAUUCCAACACGUAGGGACCCAUUCCUCUCUGGCGGGAAAAAUACAGAAAUUAAAGGACAAAGAUUUUGGAAAACAAGCUCUACGUAAGGAACAUGUGAAUCCAGCGGCUGAAGUCAGCACCAGCUUAAAAAUGUACCAGCAUUUUACCCUGGAGAAGGCAUACCUGAGAGAGGACUUCUUCUGGGCAUUCACGCCAACCGCAGGAGACUUUAUACGCUUUAGGUUCUUCAAGCCUUUGCGAGUAGAAAGGUACUUUUUCCGGAGUGGGAAUAUUGAGCAUCCCGAGGACAAGCUUUACAACACCUCAGUGGAGAUCCUGCCUUUUGAUAGCCUCCAAUCGGACAAAGAAGCAUUACAAGAAGGACGGGCCAAACCCUCUAAAUACCACCGCACACCAGAUGGCUACUUUCAAAUAGGAUCGUUUAACAAGGGCAUAGCAGAAGGAGAAGUGGAUUCUUCAUUCGGGCCACUAGAGGCGCUGCGUCUCUCCAUUCAGACAGAUUCUCCGGUGUGGGUCAUUUUGAGUGAGAUAUUUAUUAAAAAAGCGGACUGAUCCAUUUUGGACCAAUUUGUCAAUAGACUGGACUGAUUCCUCCAGCUGCUCUGCCCUCGUUCCUCUCCUAUGGUGCUGCUGUCACGGAAGCACUGCACAAGGUCAGUACUGGACUGAAGCAGAACAUUUACCACACUGCCCCAAGUGCGGCUGGAGAAGUGCUGAAGUGGUUCCCUGCCAUUCAGGAUUACUCGAGAAGUAGAGAGGUAGCCUACUUCUCAGCCACUUCUCAGCACCUACUCCAACGAUGAUGAUGAUCCUGGCAGAGACGUCUUCUCGCUGACCGAAUUAUACCUACUUUUGCCCACUCCUUGAGGGCGGAUUUUCUAAAGCUGUCGUCGUCCAUGGAAAGCACAAUUGUAGAAAAUGAUGGACUCCAAAGCAUUGUUUUCUGCAUUGGGUAUGUUACAUGUAGAGGUGUUUCAUGUGCAGAAGGAAUGAAGGUGGGUGUAUACCUGUAUACAACAUAAUGCCUAAUUUUCUGUUACCAACUCCUUCAGUGGUGUCCCGUGCUGUUCGGGCCCUUUCAGCGCUGAAGUAGUUCAAAGGCCUUUUCUUUUUGUGUAAUACUCGCUGUGAUCAAGUUAGACUACUUUAUUUUUGUUUUUGCUUUUUUGUUUUAUUUUGUUAAUUUUAGAGAAUACAGGUGUCACUUCAAUAAUAAAUUUUACGCGUCUACGCAGUUCAUAAAUUCUGAGAUUAUGUCAACUAUUCCUCCACAGUCCGAACAGUUUUUCCUUUUGUCUUUUGAAUGGGUUUGUAUCGCCGCAGCAAGGCUGUUAAUGCCGUACAAGAUUAGAUGCUGAUCCACUUUGUUUUUCACCCUGAGCAGGAGCUGACGCGUUUCAUCGAUGUGCAAAAGCCCUGAAGAAAUCCUGGCCAAUUGAGAGGGCAGUACAUUACAUAACUUAGCUCCUUUUUACAGGACACCAGGGCUCAAAUAUAACCCACUUAAGACGAAAGAGGUCUCUUUACAUGUACAAACAGUUCUGUUUGCUUUCUGCAAAAAUAUGUAUAUAUUUAUUUACAAAUAAGUCUAAGUUUUACUGUUAAUUAAUGCACCUCGGUCAUGCCAACACAGAUCUACAUUAAUUUGCCGAGAGUGCCUACACUAAUCUCAGCAUCUCACCGAGGCCAAAAACGUAUCACAUAAUGAGAGAGAAGCAUAGAUAUUUAUUUACUGGUUCCUAUGAAAGCAAACACAGCUGCAGCGUUUGGCAAAGAUUCCGCUUUCACUUUUUGGUUUUGUUUUGUUGGCAUUACUGUACUGCAAAAUCUAUUCCUGCUCUUGAGUAAAUGUUUCUGUAUAUUUUGAUCCGUUUCAGUGGCUUUUCAGAAACCCAACGUUUUCUGAGAACGCUCACCGUUUUACUUGGCAAGUAUUUAAAAAAAACUGCCAUAAGCUCUCCACUUCCUCUGUUAUAUACACUGGGAUAUGUUACGAGAAAUUGUCGUCAUUUGUAUUUUAUAUUGAUUUCUCAGAUACAUCUCUAUGAAAAAUAAAAUAAUAUUGUGCACUGUUA